UUGACUUUGGUCUGGCCGCCUGGCCUGGCUACAUCCAACCAAAGCCACAACUCUUCUUUGCGGCGCCUGCCUGCGGUGCGGGAGUACGGGUUGCGUUGGUUUAUUUCUGCUCUGGCGGGAUGCUGUUGCUGCUGUAGGAAAUCAGUCCGAAAAUAGAUGACGCGUCGAUGCCGUCCGCUGAUAUACACUCUAAUGAGAGACGAACGGACGCAACAACAUUUCAAGAAAUGACCCUUGUAAGUGCCCGCUAUGAAAUGUGAUAUUCCGUGCGAUCAAUAUGCCUGCUCUGCAACCACUAACAAUGUGAAAGAAUUCCUGCUGCCACUUUCACAGUGCGUUAUGCAACGGAAGUUUGUCGUGACCUGUUAUGCGUAUUUACGCCGGCUGGUUGUCCCCGGAGGUGACUGCUCGUUUUCCGUGUCGCAUUGACAUUGCUUUCCUUUCCCUCACCAGAGUAUGAAUGAUAAUGUCUUAUAAUGAACUGGAACAAGGAUACCUGGGACUGACGAGCCAGCCUCAUUUCUACAUCGGAGAAUCGUGCGGCUUCAUCAACAGAAACGAGUUUGAAAAGGACACAGAACAUGUGGAUUCUGAUGAUGAGGGCCACUGUGAGGGCAAGCAAGUGGUUGUGGGCAUCUGCUCCAUGGCAAAGAAGUCCCAGUCUAAACCAAUGAAGGAAAUUCUUACAAGACUUGAUGAGUUUGAGUAUAUCAAAACAGUGGUGUUUCAAGAGGAUGUGAUCUUGAAUGAAAGCAUUGACAACUGGCCAUUAUGUGACUGCCUGGUGUCCUUUCAUUCGAAGGGCUUUCCUCUUGACAAGGCCAUUGCAUAUGCAGAACUCAGAAAUCCUUUCAUCAUCAAUGACUUGUACAUGCAGUACGAUAUUCAAGAUAGGAGGAAGGUGUAUAGUAUCUUAGAAAAUGCUGGUAUUGAGCUUCCCAGGUAUGCAGUACUUGAUAGGGAGUCUCCUGAUGAGAAAGGACGUGAACUAAUAGAAGGAGAGGAUCAUGUGGAGGUAAAUGGAGUCAUCUUCAACAAGCCAUUUGUAGAGAAACCCAUCUCAGCUGAGGAUCACAACAUAUACAUAUACUAUCCCACAAGUGCAGGAGGUGGUAGCCAGAGACUCUUCCGAAAGAUUGGAAGCCGAAGUAGCGUGUACUCGCCAGAGAGCAGAGUGCGAAAACAUGGAUCUUUUAUUUAUGAAGAAUUCAUGCCUACAGAUGGUACUGAUGUGAAAGUAUACACUGUAGGCCCAGACUAUGCACAUGCAGAAGCAAGAAAAUCUCCUGCUCUUGAUGGCAAGGUAGAAAGGGACAAAGAGGGCAAAGAAGUGCGCUACCCUGUCAUUUUGACCAACACUGAAAAGUUGAUAGCACGCAAAGUUUGCUUGGCAUUCAAGCAAACUGUGUGUGGCUUUGACCUGCUGAGGGCAAACGGGAAAUCCUAUGUCUGUGAUGUGAACGGAUUCAGUUUCGUGAAGAAUUCAAUGAAGUACUAUGACGAUUGUGCCAAAAUACUUGGCAAUAUGAUCCUCAGGGAGCUCGCGCCACAAAUGCAUAUACCAUGGUCUAUGCCAUUCCAGCUGGAUGACCCACCCAUUGUGCCAACAACAUUUGGCAAAAUGAUGGAACUGAGGUGUGUUAUCGCAGUCAUACGUCAUGGGGAUCGUACACCGAAACAAAAAAUGAAAAUGGAAGUAAAACACCCAAAGUUUUUUGAAUUAUUUGAACACUAUGGAGGCUUCAAAGAUGGUCACAUCAAGCUAAAGAAACCUAAACAAUUGCAAGAAAUCCUGGACAUUUCUCGUUUUCUCUUGAGCGAGAUUGAACACAAGUCAGAUCCUGAAGUGGAAGAAAACAAAGCAAAACUUGAGCAGUUGAAGUCCGUCUUAGAAAUGUAUGGCCAUUUUUCUGGUAUCAACCGAAAAGUGCAACUUAAAUAUCAACCCAAGGGAAGGCCACGCCAUUCCAGCAGUGAUGAAGACUAUCCCCGUGAACCAUCUCUCGUGCUCAUUUUGAAAUGGGGCGGUGAACUGACCCCCGCUGGAAGGGUACAGGCAGAAGAAUUGGGACGUGUCUUCCGAUGUAUGUACCCUGGUGGACAAGAUGACAACAGACAGUGGAACAAGGGUGUGUUUCCAGACUCAAGGAUAUGUUGCCUGUCUCAAGAUCACACCAGCUCACUUGCAUCAUCCUACUAUGCUCAUAGUGAAUACGCUGGUACUCGAGGCUUGGGGUUGCUACGCCUGCACAGCACUUUCCGUCACGAUCUGAAGAUCUAUGCAUCGGAUGAAGGUCGUGUACAAAUGACAGCAGCUGCCUUCGCAAAGGGACUCUUGGCACUGGAAGGAGAACUGACACCCAUACUGGUUCAGAUGGUGAAAUCUGCAAACACAAAUGGUUUAUUGGAUAAUGACUGUGACUCAAGCAAGUACCAGAAUAUCAAUUACAGGGUGAAGCAACGUCUGCAUGAAGCAUUCCAGGUGGACCGCAACUUCACAGAAGAAGACUAUGAGAAGCUGAAUCCAACACAUGCAAGGUCCAUUCAGAAUGCUUUGCAGUUCAUCACAAACCCAGUACAAACAUGUCAACAUGUGUAUGAAAUCAUACAGGAACUGAUAAAACUGAUAAAAUGUCGAGCGGAUGAAAGCAAGGCUCAAGGCCACCUAUACCAUGGUGAGACGUGGGAAUUGAUGCUGCGGCGCUGGGCUAAGCUUGAGAAGGACUUUAAGUUAAAGAAUGGCAAGUUUGAUAUCAGUAAAAUUCCUGAUGUCUAUGAUUGCAUUAAGUAUGACCUCCAGCACAAUCAGCACACCCUACAGUCCCCUCAUGCUGAAGAGCUUUACUUGUAUGCCAAGGCUCUGGCAGAUGUUGUCAUCCCCCAGGAAUAUGGCUUGACAUUACAAGAAAAGCUUACCAUUGGAUUGGGUAUCUGCACACCACUUCUAAAGAAAAUCAGAGCUGAUUUACAUCGAAAUAUUGAUCCAGCUGCUGAUGAAACUGAAAGUGUAAAUCGGCUCAAUCCACAGUAUUCUCAUGGAGUGUCGUCGCCUGGUCGACAUGUGAGAACUCGCCUAUAUUUUACUAGCGAGAGUCAUAUUCACUCCCUGCUGACUGUGCUGCGCUAUGGAGGCCUUCUUGAUGAGGCAAAGGAUGAACAGUGGCACAGGGCUAUGGAAUAUGUAAAUGCAGUGACAGAGCUCAACUACAUGACUCAGAUUGUUAUCAUGCUGUAUGAAGAUCCAACAAAGGACCAGUUCUCAGAAGAACGAUUUCAUGUGGAACUUCACUUCAGCCCUGGUGUUGUAUGUUGUGUCCAGAAGAACCUGCCCCCUGGCCCUGGAUUCCGUCCACAAAGUCGCAGUGGCCCGGUCAAAACUGAUGCAAACACACUAGGAGCAGCUUGUCCUGAUACAAUGGAGAAGCCAAGCUGCAUUCAGGAAGAAGAAGAUGAGCUCACAAUUGAAGAUGAAUCAAAGUUUGAAGAAGUUUGGUCCGACAAUGAGUCUCCUACUGUCCUGGAAAAUGUGGAAGUUAAAAGCACACCUGCAGCAGCUUCAGGGAAGGAGCAAUCUAAGGCUACCCUUUCUGCACUGACUUCAACACAGCCUAUCACUAUUGAUAAGAUAGCUCAGGGGACAACAAUAGAUGGAUGUGAAGAUGAAUGCCUAAAGCCUUACCCCAUUGUAAGAUGUAAUUCUGACAGUCAGCGUCCCAGGAGCCUGGAUAGUGAUGGUGCUGAAUUGAAGACAAAAGAGAAAGAUGGCAUUCACAGACAUCGUCAUUCUGUCCCAGGGCAAUUGAGUUCCUAUCUGAGGAUUUGCAGUAUUGCUGAUCUUCCAAAGGUGUUUGGUUCAUCUGGCAGCUUGUUUAGCACAGCCGUGAUCAGUGGUUCGUCAAGUGCCCCAGACCUAAAAAACCUAUUACCUGCUGCUGUGGCAGAUGGCAUAGUGACUGUUCCAUCAAUCCGACCCUUGGAAACACUGCACAAUGCACUAUCCCUGCACCAGUUGGACCAGUUCCUGGGAAAGGUUACUAGUACAACAUACAGGCUGCUCUUGAGCUCUGUUCCCAAGGUUCCAGCAUCAGGGUCAAUAGCCAUCAGCAGCCAGUCUUCUGCCCUUCCCGUAGCAUCGCCAUCCAAUAGUAUGGUAUGGAGUGGUCCACCAUCUUUUGUGUCGAGCAGCGGCCCAUCUACUCCAACAUCUUCAACCCUAGACAUUUGGACGAGGCUUCGGCAAAUGGCAGAGAAUGAGUCCGGUGCUGCUGAUUCAUCUGGAACUACUAGUCGUAACAGCUAUAGCACACCUCCUUCUCCCCACGACCCUCGAUAUUACAAUAAUAGCCUUUAAUGCCCAUGACAUUAAAAUCUUUCCAGGAAAUUCCAGUCAUGAUAAUAUGAAUGUAUAUACAUAUAUGUAAAAUUACUUUUUUCUUUCUUCCUUUUUGUUUUAUGGCAGGGUUGUACAUUUAUGCAUACUAAUUGCAAAUUAUAUAUAACGAGAUAGUAGUCUCGUUUAAAGCAGAGCACAUUAUCUCCUUUUGUUAAUGUGAAGUUUGUAAUAAAUCACUGAUAGCAAUGUCACCAAUUUCA